AUGGAUAUUAAUGAAAAUAGUAAAGAAUUUUUUGGAUCAUGCCAUUGUGGUAAUGUUAGAUUUCAAUGUAAACUUGAAACUGAAUUAUUAAAAUCAGAAACUUUAAGAUGUAAUUGUUCAUAUUGUUUAAAAACUAGAUUUUGGGAAAUUAUUGUUUGCCCUAAAGAUUUCAAAGUAUUAAAAGGUGAAAAUGAUCAAGAAAAUUACCUAUAUGGUUCAAAGAUAAAUGAUAACUAUUUUUGCAAAGCCUGUGGUGUUAAUACAUAUACUCUUGUCAAAAUGGAAGGUGUUCCAAAUGCUCCAUUUUAUGCUGUUAACGUUAAUACAAUCGAAGGCAUUACUCAUGAACAACUUUCAAAAUUAAAGGUUACAUUUUUAGAUGGUGCAACUGAUAAUUGGCAAAAUGAACCAAUAUAUCAUAAUCAUAUUUAA